CAAAACAGCCAUAGAUCAUAGACAGCACAGCUCUGCAGCAACUUGGUCAGAGGGUAAUGUGUGGUUAGGUGAACAGGUUACAGUUCUCUUGCUGGAUGGAACGCAAUGGACAUGCUGGUGCAAAUGUUACUGUUUAUCCUACGAAGAGUGAAGUGACCCCUUCUAGUGACAUUUUACAGUCCACUCAAGAAGCUGAGCUGGCUACAGAGACAGACACACAGGAAGACGUUUUUAACCAAAUUUUGAAAGUUAACGCAGACACCACCCAGCGCUUGCAUGAAGGUGACAUUGUUAUGACAAAGAGCCGAAGUGCUAUUGGCUGUUCAGAUCACUCAUGUUUUUGGCCCCAAUCCAGCGAUGGCAUUGUCCAUGUCCCAUAUGUCUUCUCCCCUGACUAUGAUGAGGCACAAAUACGGUGGAUUAAUGAAGCCCUGGCAGAGUUUGAAAUUCUAACUUGUAUUAAUUUUGUGAAUCGCACAACAGAAUCUGACUAUCUAAAUAUUAAGUCAGGAAAAGGCUGCUGGUCCUACUAUGGAAAGAUUGGAGGUGGCCAGAUUGUGUCUCUGAUGAAGCGAGGCUGCAUGUGGAAAGGGGUAAUUCAGCAUGAACUGAACCAUGCACUGGGCUUUCUACAUGAACAGAGUCGAAGUGACAGAGACAGUUAUGUAAAGAUUAUGUGGGAGUAUAUUAGUGCAGGUAAUAAAGGCAACUUUAAGAAAUCUGAUAAUUCCAACAACCUGGGCCUUCAAUAUGACUAUUCCUCAGUGAUGCACUAUGGCACAAAUGCUUUCUCUAACACCCCUGGAAAAGCAACUAUUAUACCAAUUCCUGAUGCAUCUGUACCUGUUGGCCAGAGAUAUGGACUGAGUAACCUGGAUGUGGCCAAAAUCAACAAGCUCUAUAACUGCAAUCGCUGCAGCACCGUCCUUGAUAGCCCAUCUGGGUCACUGAGCUCUGACAACUACGCGUCAAAAUACUCAGGCAAUGCUACCUGUUUCUGGCUCAUCCGAAUCCCAUCCAAACGGGUUUCUCUGCAGUUUGAUGCCUUUAGUCUGAAGUCCUCCACAGACUGUAAAACUGAAUAUGUUAAAAUAUAUGAUGGGGUCAGCCAGUCUUCUGAGGUUCUACUGGACAAGACUUGUGGGACAAAGAGUCCUCCAGCUGUAACAGCUUCUGGUAGAACUAUGCUUGUGGAGUUUGUCAGGGGUGGCACUGGUGCAGCCACUGGAUUCAAGAUCUCCUACACCUCUGUAAAGACACCACGCACCACAUGAGAGGAUCAGCAUGUGAGACAGAAGAGAAGAACCUAUUCUGUGAAAAUCUAAAUUAUGCUUUUUCUACUUUGCUUCCUUUCUUGCUGUGAUCAAAAGGAAAUUUUAAUUCUGCUAUGAAUCAAAGUCUCCAGCUUCUGUAGCAAGUGUGCUCCCUGAUUCAGGUAUAAAUGGGAAUUCUAUAUACCCUAUGCCACCCCCUUGUGUCUAUGA